GAGCAGGAGGGAAAAAAACCGACUCAAAAUUGACCUAUCAAUUCUUACUCCUCCUUUUCACUUUUCACUCUCACUCAAACCUUAAGCAUUCUAUUCGACUAACAACAUCUCAAGUUAACGUGUCUUGAACAUUUCAUAUUUUAUUUCCUUUUUCCCCGCUUGAGAUGAGACCACCUUCUUCUUCUUCUUCCUUCAGCCAGGGUUAGGUUUUUAUUCUACGAUGAGUAGACCAACAACUAGAGGUAAAAAUAAAAGGCACAGACAGGGGGAUGACACUUCUGAAAUAUGGAGGAAAAUUUACAAAACGGGUGUGGUGACUGAAGAUGAUAUGAACCAACUGUAUAUGAUUUGGAAGCCGGUCUGUUCAGGCUGUCGUGUUAAUACUAAAGACAACCCAAAUUGCUUCUGUGCACUGGUUCCGCCACCAAAUAGUACCCGGAAGUCUGGCUUAUGGCAGAAGAUGUCUGACUUUGUUGAAAGUCUUGGCCCUGACCCAAAUAUGUAUCUUCGUGCAUCUGCUAGUUCACCUGCAGGUCUGACAAAUCUUGGUGCAACAUGCUAUGCCAACAGUAUACUACAGUGCUUAUACAUGAAUAAGUCUUUUCGAGAAGGCAUAUUUUCUUUAGAACGGGAUGUUUUACAACAUCAACCAGUGUUGGAUCAACUGACUCGACUUUUUGUACAAUUGCAUGCUAGUAAAAUGGCCUUCGUAGAUUCUUCUCCAUUUGUAAAAACUCUGGAGUUAGAUAAUGAUGUUCAGCAGGAUAGCCACGAGUUCCUGACAUUGCUUAUGUCGUUACUCGAGUGUUGCUUGAGCCAUUCUCAAAUUUCCAAGGCAAGAACAAUAGUUCAAGAUCUUUUCCGGGGAAGUGUGUCUCAUGUGACAACGUGUUCACAAUGUGGAAGAGACUCUGAAGCUUCUUACAAACUGGAAGACUUCUAUGGGUUAGAGUUGAAUAUCAAGGGGUUGAAAGGUUUAGAUGAGAGCCUAGAUGAUUACCUUGCUAUUGAAGAGCUUCAUGGAGACAAUCAAUAUUUUUGCCAGGCAUGUAAAACAAGAGUUGAUGCUACUCGCAGCAUCAAGCUGUGUACAUUACCUGAUGUACUUAAUUUUCAACUUAAACGUUAUGUAUUCCUCCCACAGAAUACAACGAAGAAGAAAGUUAUUUCUGCAUUUUCGUUUCCUGCUUAACUUUAUAUGUGCCAUAUAUUGUCCGAGUCAUCUCAGUUUGAAUUGAAAUAUGACUUGUCAGCUGUACUGAUUCACAAAGGAACAGCUGUUAAUAGUGGUCAUUACAUUGCCCACAUCAAGGAUGUAAACACUGGGCAGUGGUGGGAAUUUGAUGAUGAGCAUGUUACUAACUUGGGUUGUCAUCCAUUUGGGGAAGGAGCUUCAUCUUCUAAAUUUGUUAAGAAAGAUGUACCUCAUUCUAAUUGCUCUGAAGCAAUGGUAGCUGACAGUAAUGGAAAUGGUUUAAAUGCCACUCAUUUACAAUCUUCGCUUGUGGAGACAUUUUCAUCUAGUGAUGCAUACAUGUUGAUGUACCAUCUUAAGCAUGGCAAAAAGGGGGGCAUGGUUUAUGGUGCUAACCUUAAAGAGGUAGAGGGCAAUGCAGAUACUGUACAAGACAGCGGUUGUCUUCCUUCUCAUCUUGUUGAAGAGAUUCGAAAUUUCAACGCCUCCUAUCUAGAUUCCUGCAAGCAGUACAGGCAUAGGAAAAAGUUAGAAUUGAGUCAUAUUGAUGAGAGGAGACAAGAAGUUCGAUCUGUUUUAACUGAAGCUAUUACACAACCUCUAGAGCAACCUUUUUUUUGGAUUUGUAGUGACUGGCUUCGCCAGUGGGCUGACAACAUUAUUCCAACUGCUCUUGACAAUACAUCUAUCCAAUGUUCUCAUGGGAAAGUUCCAGUGUCAAAGGUUACCUCAAUGAAGCGGUUAUCUUCUAAAGCAUGGGAUAAAUUAUUGUCUAAGUAUGGUGGGGGACCAACUUUUUCUCAUGAUGACUGCUGUUGGGAUUGUCUGAUCAAUGGGGCUCAGAAUGUGGUGUCAACUGACACCUAUCGGGAUCAAAGAGAAUCAUUGAAGCAACUUGCACGAGAUAUUCUUGAUGGAAAUUGUGAAGAUGGAAUGUACUAUGUGUCUAGACCAUGGUUGCAGCAAUGGUGGAAAAGAAAAGUUGUUGAUGCUCCAUCUGAAGCUGAUGCUGGACCAACAGCAGCCAUUAGUUGUCCACAUGGGCAACUUAUGCCUGCGCAAGCUGUUGGUGCUAAGCGGUUGCUUGUUCCUGAGGGUUUCUGGCUUUUCUUAUAUAAAGAUGCCAUUUCUCUGAAACCUGAUGAUCCUCUAGGUUGUCUUACUUUUCCUUUAGACACCAGAGAAUGUUCUAAAUGCAGUGAUGAAUUAUCUGAAGUGGCUUGCUUGGAGGACUCUUUGAGAUUAGUAAAACAAAUGCAGCGCCAAAAUCAUGAGAAACUAUUUGUUGGUAAAAGUAUGACGCUUUCUCUACAUUGCAAGUAUUUCUUAGUUCCUUCUUCGUGGAUUUCAAAAUGGAGAAAUUACAUUAACUUAGCUGUCAAGGAUUCAGAUAAACCUGAAACUUUAGAUGGGGUAAUUGAUUCACUGAUAUGUGAAAAGCACUCACGGCUUGUUGAAAGGCCUCCUGAACUGGUUUUUAGACGCGGUGCUAUAAUCUCGAGAGAAUCUUCUGCAGGUAGCUUCACCAUCAUAUCUGAAGAUGAUUGGAAAUGCUUCUGUGAAGAAUGGGGUGGUAUUGAGACCAAAGGAAUAUCUGCAAUAAUUGAGAAUAUUAAUUACUUAAAAAAUUCUUUGACUGGAUCCUGCAAAGAGAUGCCAAUAUGUGAGGAUCAGCUCAACACUUGGGCUAAAGUGAAUAAUGAAAAUGGGAAUGGACAAUUUGUGAUUAAGACUUGUCCCGAGGUUUGUGAAAGCUGCAUUGGAGAAAAGCAAAGCUGUGAGUUAAUGCAGAAGCUUAUCUAUUGCAAUAAGGACAUCAAUGUAAUUCUUGUCCGUGGAAAGGAGGUCCCCAAAUCAAUCUUGGAGGCUUCAAAGGGCUUUGUUGAAACAGACAGACGGGUCUCCAAACGUUCCCGAAAGACUAAAAAUGGGAGUUCCAUUAGUCUAAAAGUUUCUUCUUCAACAUCAAUUUACCAGCUGAAAAUGAUGAUAUGGGAAUCCUUUGGGGUUGUGAAAGAAAAUCAGAUACUACAAAAGGGUGAUAGAACAAUUGAUGUUGAUGAUGAAUGUACCAAGCUUGUGGAUGUAAAUAUAUUUGCUGGAGAUCAGAUUAUUGUGAGGGACUCUAAGAUCCAUGAAAAUCGAGAUAUUGCAGAUGAGCUUUGUGAUGAGAAAAUGGAAACACAUCAUACCGAGGCAGGGUUUCAUGGAACACUUUUAACAUCGAAUGUUUCAUCCCAGGUUGUUUAGGAAGCGCACUUUCAGUGGUAUCAUGUUUUUUAAUAUUUAUUGGUCUACAUAUAAGUUCUAUAGUGUGGACCUUACAUAGCGUUGAACAUAAUGGCAAAUUUUGGAAUGUUUCUCUUU